AUCUGAUUCGUUCGCUGGUCAGAGACCCCUGUUCAUGCCAAGGUAUCUGACCCCAAAGAAGGACUACACACCCCUGCAAUUGAGGAUGUCAUCAGUGUCCUUGAAGAGACAUUUGUAGGAAGUAAGUUGAAACGCGGUAUAUGAUUCGAUAUUCAUCAUGCGCAGAAGCUGAUCCAGCAGGGGAAGUUUUAUUAUUUAAGUAACCCUUGUAUCCCAACUAAUUUCUCUGAAUUUCUUUCAUUACAGACUUACCCUCGGAGACUCUGCACUUUCACCAUGUCUUCAACUCGGUGCGACGCCCAAGUACAACCCCAAGACUCCAGCACUAGUCAUAGAGCUCAAUGGGCAGCCAUCAGCAAACACCAAGCUGAGCUCAGCGAUAUUUGGGGAAAACUCGAGCACCAUCCCUCCUUCAAUGGAGUCUUCUCCGUCGGCAAAGAUGGCAUUCUGCGCUCGCUAGGCCCAGACCGCGAUGUUCACGAUGCAGUCCCUUUAUCACCUCAUCUGAUCAAGGCGCUUCUUGAUCGCCUGCCUUUUGUACCCCAAAAUGAGAUUGACUUUCGUGGUGUUGAUGGUAGAGACACGCCGAAAGAGCAGUGGUAUCACCCUGAUAAGAGUUUAUUGCCCCCGCCACUUGUGCAAACUGAGGAACAGAGGAAGUUGAUCGAAUCGAAGAGGGAUGAAACAAGGACACAGCUGGAGGAGAUGAAGAAGAGGCCGCGUUGCCCGCCCCAGAUCAUGUCGGACCACGAUCUUGGGUUGAAGAGACAUAUUCUGCUGAAGACGUUUCUUGUUAAGCCUUCAAUGUAAACCUAGCUCAUCGAGGGUGGUCUCCAAGGGAGUGACCAGAAUAAAGGUACUGCCAGUCAUCGGAAGAUAAGGUUGUGCUGUCUUCGGAAGAUACAGAAAUGUAAGUGGCUUGUCCCGUUUCCAAUUGAAGGGGAUAGCAAUCUUGGCUGGACAGCGGAAAGGCAUGACUGCUCAGCCGCAAUCGUCAAUUUUCGAUUAGUGGCAUACAUCGGUUGCCAGGGCUGAAAUAAAAACGGAAUGUGCCAUGACUAACUAAAAUGCUUAGCCCUUCAGCUGGUCGCGCGGCGGCCUCUUUGUGGCGUGAACUAUUGAAGCUAUUCUCAACAUUAAGCAAGGCAUAAUUUCGGUAGUUGAAAUUGAACAAUUAAGCUUAACCUGCAAGCACAAAUGCUCAUAAAUACUCAAGAGUCCAUCGUGAAUUUUAAGUGGAAUGGCAACUG